UCCUAAUUUCGAGCACUAGAGGAUAAGAGAAAUCAGAGAAGACUUUGGACCCACCAUGACUCCCAUAUCGCUGCCGUCGCUGCGCCUCGACUCGAGAUUCGAUCCAUUAAGCUCUCUCAGUAAGCAUGCAGCCCGUUUGCCGCAGCUCCCGUCAGCCAAGACGCUCUCGCCCGAACGUUUUGACUCGCUGCCCACACUCUCGAAGCGACUGUGCCAACGCCCCGUUACCUUGCCGCAGAGCCGCCACAGCAGCGCUUCCUUCUCUCCGGAGCAGCCUGAGCUCGCGUGGCGCUCCACACUCACACCCGACCAGGCUGCGGCACUUGCCAUCGCGCGUCGAGAGACAGGAUACAUGUCCUCCAGUGUCAGUAACAAGCUUAAGGAUACGUGGCAGGGGACCCCCAGUUCGCCCGCGACCGCCACUGAGGACUGGAAGAAAGCGCGCAGGAAAGAGCAAUGCCGUAUUAAUCAGGCCAACUACAGGAAACGUAAGCGUCAGUACGAGCAGAAGGUCACGGGUGAGAUCAGGGCCCUGGAACAGAAUAUCGAGCAGCUAGAGACCCACCGCGCUGCAGUCGCCAACAAAGGACGACUGAACCCCAUUCAGUCGGUCGGUGACUUCUAUUACGCUGUCGGUGUCGACGGCAACGAGCAGAGACUCGACCUGCAGAACUUCCGAUUGGCGGACGGCAGCUCCCCGGCGCUGCAAUGUUUGUUGGACCUCCAGAGAGAAGAGUUCGACUCGGUCGAGUCUUUCAAGCUACACUGGCUCUGGUAUCGGGAACAAUUCCGGAUCUUCCAGCUCUCUAUCGCCUCGUGCGAAAGAUUGGAGGCAGGCGAGCAUGUGAUCAUUAAGAUCACGGGUCAGCUACAGCUCGACGUGUACUACGACGCACAGCGUCAGAGGGGACAGGAGAGCCAAGGCUACGGAGUGAUCACGUGCCCUAUUAUUCAACAAUUCGAGUUCGAGACAGGCGAGCAGGUUACCACCCGCAUCACGUCCGAGGUGGAUCUCGUCGCCGGCGUCACAGCAGCCCAGGACCAGAGCGCCCCAGACUGCAUACUAAGUGUACUGCGCUGCCUGUCCGAGGGUUUCUCCAUGUCGAACCGAUACCAAUCCAUUUAACCACAGAACAACAACACGUAGUAGUUUAUACGAACGGUUUUUGCAACAUGAACUUUGUCAUUCGUUCGUUUGUGGAGUUGGAAUUUGUACGUCAACAUGUUGGACAACUUGAGAUGCCGAUAUUCACGAUGUUGUAAAGGAU